GUGUUUUGCCGCCAGUUGCGUUCGGUUGUCCAACUGUGUGCGCGUUCCGAGUGCGCCGGUUACGUAUCGCCUUGAUAUGAGUACGGUUUCUCAGUGUUUUUGGUGCUUGUGCAAUACGUAAGCGAAUGCACGUCACCAUGUCCCGUGAGGACCUUCACAACCGACUUGGUGACGAAAUACCGUCGUCUGAAAACGUUUCAGACGAUGACGAAGUGGAAUAUAGGAAGGAUAGGCGAAGUGUCAAAGACAUGAUUCUCAAGUUCGAAAAGAGUGCUAUUUACUUAAGUGGUUCUAGUGAAUCUUUGGAAAGGUCCAAGGACCCAGCGCUAGGCAGUUUGACGAGUGUAGUGAAUCCUAUCCAAGCACAUUUUCAGCAUUUGUGUCCGUCCUCUACGGCGCAAGACAGAACUUCCAAUGUGUCAGUGAAUUCAAUUCUAUCGAACGUUUCAGCAGUCAGUUACGAGUCCAAUUCUUCUGGAUUCGUAUCCGACAGGAACAGGUCCUCCCUGAAGCCUCACAGACCUGCCCCACCUCCUCCGGCAGAGGAAGCGGAGGACAAGCAUCAUACUUGUAAGACCCCCUCGUCUUCGCCGGUCGUGUUGCGACGGUCCCGCCAACCGCCGGUGAUGAGAAGAAAGUCCUCGAUAGGUAAUCAAGGGCACCUAUCUUCUGCCGAAACGCACUGGUCGUACGGCGUCAAACAGGCCGAUCUAGAGAAGCUCCUGAGGCUAAAACUAUCGGAGCCGUCGGACACAGACGAGGAGAAAAACAAUUCCGCCAAAGAUUCAUCGUCCACUGAGAGCAGUGACGAUUCCACCGAUAGCGACAAGAUGGAAUCCGGUGAGGAGUACGUCGUUAACAAAGACGACUGUAGAACAGCCGACACCGCGUCGACGGACCAGUCUACAGUCGACACUUUGAUUAACGAUUACGAGAGCGACGACGGAGAUAACUUCUCCGGUUCAGGAGGUCCCAGUAAUUUCGAUAACGUUAGCAUUAAGUCGAUAUCGUCCUUAGACAUGGUCCCGUACCAGAAGUACGACAGCAUCACGGUUUCGUCGGACGAGUUCGGCUCCGAGGUCUGUCACGCACCCGACACGGAGUUCCUGACUGUCAGUGCGGUUAACGAGUGGUGUGUGACCAAAUCUGUGGAGCCGGUGUUGAUACAGGUGGAGACGAAGAAAGAAAAGUAUCGAAGACGGCUGACCGAGCGCGUGAACGAGCUGCUGCACACGGAAAACGUGUACGUGGAGAGGCUGCGCCACGUGGUGGAGGACUACAUUCCCGAGAUGUCCAGGGCCGACCUGCCGCCCUCCCUCGUCGGCCUCAAGCCCGACAUCUUCGCCAACAUCGAGCGCAUCUACCGCUUUCACGCCGAGGACUUCCUGCCCGCGCUGCGCGACUGCGAACACGAUCUCAGAAAAUUAGGACAAUGUUUUAGACGAUUUGAGCAGAGGUUCAACAUGUACGUAAUGUAUUCUAGAAAUAAUAAGAGAGCGACGAGACUGGUAUAUGAACAUAAACAUUUUUUCCAAGAACGACAAUUAGAGUUAGGCGACCGAUUAGAUCUAUCUAGUUAUUUAUUGGAACCAGUACAAAGGCUGCCGAGGUACAAGCUGUUUUUGGACGACCUAGUCAAGACGUACACUAACUAUGAGAACGAGAGGAUGGAGUCCGAUUCUCGGAUAUCGAAGUUGAGCGUGGACUCCGACGAGACGGGCGGGAGCAACGGCGAGUCGUCGGACUGCGACGAGACGCCGUUGGAGAGCUUGAAACUGGCGAAAACCAUGAUUGAGUGCGUCCUAACAGCCGUGGACGGCAUAAUGGCGUUGGAAAACAUCACCGACUGUCCGCCGUACCUGAACCUCCUUAACCAAGGCCGCCUGCUCCGGCAGCACGAGUUCUACGCCAUGGACAACGCUCGGAGACGGCGCCAGCUCAUGAGGGUCUUCCUCUUCGACAAACUGCUCCUCAUCACCGUGGUCUACCGGAAGCAACUGACGGUGGAGUUCUUUAUGUACAAGGACCAUAUCCCGGUGGACGACCUGGGCAUCACGGCCAAGGAGCACGACCAGUACAAGUUUGGCAUAUGGUACAAGAAGAGAAACCUCAAGUCCUACAAGCUGGAGACCAGAGACCCCGUCGUCAGGAACCAGUGGGUUGAGGAGAUCACGUCACUGCUGUGGGAGCAGGCUAUGAAGAAGAAAGAACUUCUGCUGCAAGAACGCAAGAAGAGAGUAUCCAUGGUAUCAAUGGACAGCCAGGAGUCAUCGGAAAACGACAGAAAUGACGACAAAUAUAAUUCUCUGCGAGGUGUGCCGGGCGAGGUGCGUCGGUAUGGCGACAAGAAAGUUCGUCGCACCACGUGGUACUGCGAGUGAACUGCCUACCGAGUACUGUCCCAAUGCUGACCGAGACUGAUUGUUACAUCAGCACUAAUUUUCACGAGCUGCUGACAAGUGCGAUCGAGAAUCGCGCCGAAUAGGCAUAUAAGUACAUGACCUUCGUGGAUGCACUAUCAACUGUACUGUCGGGGAACGGAUAGUGAAGAUUAUGAAGUAUUCCAAGGGUACGAUUUUCAUACCUUGAAUUUGCAUCGAUAUAUAAUAGGGAUGAUGACAAGGUCAAAGAUUAGCGAAUUUUGUCAAUAAAA